UAAUUCAACGGUUUGGCAAAGUGAACCACUCAUUAAUCCAACGGUUUGGCCAAGUGAACCAAUAAUGCGCCUUUUCACCGAAAGGAAUGAGGAGAGACACAAAACUGAAUGAAGGGCAAUGAUGAUCGAGGGUCGAUGCGUGCACAUUAAUAAAAGGUAUCAAAGUAUGCAAGAGAUUAACUACUUCGGAAGCGGGCUGCUCGACCUGCUCUCCUAUCACACGAGGAGGUUAUAAAUCUGGCAGCAGAAACCGACACCAAUGGUUCACGACUAGCGGCAAUUCACGAAUUCACAACACGCAUGCGACUGUACUCAUGACGUCCUACAUGUUUGAUCCGUGCAUAGAUCACUCGGGAUCGUCUAGGUUGGGGUUCGGGUCGGAUGCGUUGGGGCUCGCAGACAUUGUGAUAAUUAUGAUGAUUCAACAGGCCCGUAGACAUUGCCUCUUCGCGCAUCGUCCAGCGGACCAUCCUCCGGUGGAUUGGACAGCACGACAGAAUGGUAAACCAGUAAUUCGGCCCCCUGUUCUGUGCGGAGCGAAGAGGAGAGGAAGAAGCACAUUUGAUCUCCUCGGAUCGCAAGCGUGAAGGCGCAGUUUGUGGUGGCUCCUUCAGUCUGCAGAUUGCUGUUGUGGUGCCGUCGAAGGAUUGCUUCGAUGGUCCAUUGUCGUCUUGUUCAAGCGUGGGACUGGAUCUGGAAAUCGCAUUGCCGAUCAUUGGCCCCUGCACAUUAAUCGUUUGCCAGUGACGAAAUCGCUGCUCGCCUUUAGCCAUCGCCAUCGUCUUCUUGUUCAGUGGCUAUCUGGGAGACUUCCUUGGGCACAUCUUGAGUCUCAGGGGAGCUUAGUGACAGAGGCUUCAUCUGGAAAUGGAACAGAGGCUUUAUAUGGAAUACCGACGUCAUGGAUACAAGGAGGAGACUAAGGUGAAGGGGCCUAGUCGUCGAAGAACGGAGGACGACUGCAGCGAGGACAUGCCUGAUUUGCCUCCGGAAAUUGUUUGGAAGAUUCUGGCAAAGCUGCCAGUUCUGAGCCUCAUGCGCUGUCGGGAGGUCUGCAAACAGUGGAAAUCCACGAUCGAGGCUCCUCCCUUAGCUCUCCUCUGCGAGUCUAGCAAACCUGUGCUCCUCUAUAAUCAUCCUGGUCACAAUCCGCCAGGGGACCAGUUCAACUUGCAGUGGAAGGAGGCCGCGAAAUUUAAUAAGUGGCAUUUGAAAUUCCACAAUACGGUAACGAAUGAAUGGAAGGAAGCGCCUAUCCCCUUCACCGUGAAGGACAACGUCGAGGCCGAUACCUUGGUAGCCGCAGAUGGUGGUCUUCUGUGCUUUAGCAGCCGAAGAGCGCCAGACUGCUGUGUUGUGUACAAUCCACUGUCCCAGCAGUUGAGAGGGAUAAGGCUGCCCAUAGACCUGCUCCCGACACUUCCCAAGGGAGCAUUAUAUGAGAGUCCCUUUGUGUACAUCUUGUUCGGGAUGGUGGUGGAUCGACAGUCUGGAAACUAUCAAGUGGUUGUAUCAGGUAUACGACAGGAUGUGCCACAACCAACCCUUAUAUAUGAUUCUGAGCUAGAUUUGUGGAAGGUGUGUCCAGGAGUGCCAAAAUUGAAAACCUAUCUGGAAGAAUCCGGAGUCAGCCUACCGAGAGGCGAGUGGAGAUGCAGGAAAAGGGGUGUUCAUUGUGCAGAUAACCUGUAUUGGUUCAUCCACUACGAGAAUCAUGACAGUCUUACAGUAAAUGGGGUGCUGCUGAGAUUCAACGUCGUGUUGGAGACCUGGGAUGUUCUGCAGGAGUCGAGCUUAUGUUAUUACUCUCCGGAGUUUCACAUUGUCGGAUACAGGGGGGAAGUUAUCUUGUGUGAUUGGACCGAUGAAGAUUGUCACGAAGGGAUCGGCAAUUUUGUGAUCGAGGACUUCGGAGCUGAGAUCAGACUCAUGGAUGAAGAUCUGGUUGACCUUAACCUCGACCAUAAAUUGAAGCCAGAGAGUUGCUGGAAAGAGGUUUUUCCGUAUAGGUGCCUUGCGGAAGGUGACAACUUCUACAUCGUUCACAGGCAUCAGAGGGCUCAUGACAUCUCUUCGAGAGUGCUCGUGUACAAGCCAAAUGAACCGGAUGACGAUAAGAGAUUCACAUGGUUAUCAGAAUGGUUGGUCCUGAGUGAUGAAAAUCAACUGUGGACUUUUACACCAACUCUGAGAGCGUUUGUUUAAAUUAGUACGAAUUUUUUCUUCAUAGGCUAUUUGUGCAUACAGGAGUGUCUGUUGACAUUAUGCUGGAAACCUAUUCUUGUAGUAGUGACCACACUGACGAACUCUACUUUCAGUUCUCAUGUGGAGACUUGAUAUCAUUCAUUGUAUGUGUACAUAGAGCUUCUUAUCCAAGAGUAGGGUUCGAUUAUGAACGCCGUGCAGGGGAGGCACUUUUCACAAUUCAUACAAGUACAACGAACGAGAGGGAUGAGAACAUUCCGUCAGGUCGUGCAUGGAUCAAACCUCGUUAUACAAUAUGGAGCUAGCAAUAAUAACAUCACAGCAAAUAUGUCACUUUGCAACUCAGAUUCCUCUGCUUUAUCUUCCAUAAACAAUAC